AUGAUGUCCCUACUUCACGGGAAAUCUUGUUCAGAUCUUCCGUUGAAUGUAUGUUACUCCAAGGACGUCCCUCCAUAUAUUGCCAUGCCUACAACACCUCGUCCUACGGAGUUAUCCCCAGAUCAACCGCCAAAUUCCAUCCUCAAAUAUCUCCCCAGUAAUGUCAUCCAAGAGAUCUUUCAAUAUGUUCACCAAUAUGAUCUAGUCAACCUCCUGAUACUAUGUAAGGAGAUUUCCCCACUAGCUAUCGAACGACUUUAUCGUCGAGUUACCGUCAUUUUGAACGCCGACAUCCCUGUGAUGUAUCACAAUUCCAGCCAUUAUAUACGAGAAAACGGUAUAAAAUUCAUGGAUACGUCACUUAUCAUGUCCAACGAUCAACUCCUUCUGUUUCUCGACAUUCUUACCAAAAACCCCCAUCUUAUCCAAAAAGUCAAAUAUUUCAUCUUCGAUAAAUGCCACCCCAAUUUGGUUGGUGGUACUGUUCCCUCCGAUUCGAAAUCGUUCAACGAAGGACAGUUGAGUUUCAUUCAGAAUGAUAUCAUUGAAUUCUUUGGGGCGCAUGCCACUCAAUUGAGUUUCCUUCAUAUCACCUUCAUUGAUUUCAUCUCGGGGAUCGAGAAGUACAGUAAAUUCUUGAGCAACGAAAACAUCCGAAAUCGGAUCUUCAAGUUGUUCUGCUUGGACUUAUCCAGCUUAUAUACUCCUUUAAUACCUCAGUGCCUUACAAACUUGUUCCUCAUGUUGGAUGAAAUGGAAUUAUUGGAGACCGACGUGAUAGAUUUGAGUACUCCGCAGUAUCAGUGUUUCAACUCUCUUUUCACGCUAUCUUGUAGUACUAACAAUCAGCUAGGACUCGAAAUACUAAGGAAAUUCAGAUUGGAUAAUGACUUGAAGUUGAAUUUAAAAGGUUUGACGAUAUUUCAUUGUCACAAAGAAGAUUUAUUGAUCGAUGAAGAAUUCAAUUUCAAUCACCAUCCUACCAGUUUAUCAAGUAAUCUAUUAUUAAAUGAGUUUAUUAGUGAAUUAGAUAAGAAACUUGACUUCAAAGUGAUAGAAUCCACAAUAAACCUUCCGAAUUUGAAGAAUUUGUACCUUAAAAUCGAUUGUAACGAACACAGAAACAAUAAUUGUAAUUGUUUCCCCAAUUUCUUCAGAGAUAUGAAGAAAUUCACAAUGGAAAAUGAAGGUCUACCACAUCUUGAAAGUUUUGAAUUGGAAGUUUUCCCUAAUCUUGAAUGGUUGAGACCCCAUCAACUCUUGGAGAAUAUCCUUACACCUUUGGGAACGUUCAUUAAGAGUUUAAGUAACUUAUCCCGAUUAACCAUUGACUUUUCAACACCUGGGUUCAAGAUGUUUGAUAAUUCUAUGGGUAUGACAUCUUCGAUCUUGAAUAGAUUGAAUGAAAGAUUGAUGGAAGCCUUUUUCCUUUGUUUCUUAUCAUCAGACAACUACGGAACCAUCAAGAACCUUAAGACCUUACAGCUACCCGACUUUUUAACGUCUUUCAUUUACUAUAAACCCAAUUUCUAUGAAUCGUUACUUCAUACCUGUAAAUGUUGGGGGUGUCAAUUGGUACUUGAACGGUUAAAGCAGGACUUUUACCCCAUUAAUGAUGAUGAUGAUGAUAGACAAGAUGAUGAAAUGGAUCUCCAAUCCACAUACUAUAUAUUGAUAGGAUUUAUUUUAGGGAAGUUACAAGCUGAUAGAGAAGUUUGUGUACCCAUAAAGCAGAAAACCUUCAAUUUCAACAAUUACCCUAUUUACAAGGGUCAACCCCAUACUUUACAUUCCCAUUUCCACAAAACUAAAGACUGUAGAUGUAUUGAAGAAGAUCCUAGAGGGACAAGUUCUUUGAAUAUCGACAGUUUGGUGACAACUUACAUAAUCCAUCAAUUGGCACCUAUAAAAGAUUACUUAUCCAUGAUCUUCUACAAGCUAGAUAAUUUGAUGAUCCAUGGGAUCUAUUAUCAGAACGUUGAUGGAAUCAUGGUACCAAUAUUCGAUAAUUUAGAUUAUCCUGAAGAGUUAUUAGAGGAACGAGCUAUUGAAAUUGAAGAGGGAUUGAUUCCUAAGGUUCCUUUUGGUCAAUUCCGUAAAACUUAA